GUAGUAUAGUAUCCCCAGUAUCCCCCGUCUUGGUUUUGGUCACCAUCAUGGCAUCGUUUGAUCCCUCCAAUGUCAAUCUUUACGAGGCAGACCCUGCCGAGGUGGUCUGCUUCAUCAAUGCAUCCGGCAAUGACUACGAUGGCAGACUUGGGGCUCGCAUUUCUUCCAUCUUCGUUAUCUUAUUCGUCUCGACGGCGGUCACUUUCUUCCCCGUGCUCGCGCUGCGGUCUCCGAAGUUGAAAAUCCCGCUGUACGUCUACAUGUUUGCUCGAUACUUCGGGACGGGCGUCAUCAUUGCCACGGCCUUCGUCCACCUGCUCGACCCUGCCUACGCAGAAAUCGGACCAAACACCUGCGUGGGGAUGACCGGGAACUGGGCGCUCUACUCCUGGCCCCCUGCCAUCGCCCUCACCUCGGCCAUGUGCGUGUUCCUGCUGGACCUCGGAGCCGACCUGUACGUCGAGUCCAAGUUCGGCAUCGCCAAAAUGGACACCGCCAACGUUAUCGUCGAGAACCUGACGACCGCGGAGCAAACCCCCCCGCCGACCCUGGACGAGAAGCGCACCUUCGACGUGGUCCACUUGGACCCCGAAGCCGCCGAACGGUCCUUCGAACAGCAGAUCGCCGCCUUCCUCAUCCUCGAGUUCGGCGUCAUCUUCCACUCCGUGAUUAUCGGCCUCAACCUCGGCGUCGUCGGAGACGAAUUCACCACCUUGUACCCCGUGCUGGUCUUCCACCAGAGCUUCGAGGGACUCGGCAUCGGCGUUCGCAUGUCGACGAUCCCCUUCAAGCGCGGCAGCUGGAUGCCCUGGCUGAUGUGUCUGGCGUACGGACUGACCACCCCCAUCUCCAUCGCCAUCGGCUUAGGCGUGCGCACCACCUACAACCCGAACUCCAACACUGCCAACAUCAUCGCCGGAGUCCUCGAUGCCACGUCCGCCGGCAUUUUAAUCUAUACGGGUCUCGUGGAACUCCUGGCCAGUGACUUCAUCUUCGACCCCAAGCGGACGAAGAAUCGCAAGCGCAUCGCUUUCAUGGUCGUGUGUACGUUGGCCGGAGCAGGUAUCAUGGCUCUUAUUGGGAAGUGGGCAUAGACUUUGGUUUUCCCUUUUUUUUUUUUCUUCUUGUUCUUGACUUGACUGCAUUUGUUUCAACAAUCUAGACCGGGUUCGGAUAUCUUGGAAUCAUAAACGGGAGGUGUGGGCAAGUUUCUGGGCCUCUUUUGUCAAAACACUAGCAUGAUAUUCUCAGGGAGAUCGUGUACCUGAUCUGAUACUCGAGUAAACAUGUUGCAUCUUUCUGGAUAUAUCUUCGUGAACUUGUAGCUAGUCUUCCUGUGCUCGUAGACG